AUGCAAUCCAGACCUAAUCCGGUAGGUGGUGAUCAGCAUCACCUCCCAUUGCGCCGUAGAAGCACUCUGCAAUCUUCCAACCCACAAAUCUCCAUGGAUAAUUCGCGUUAUUCUGGUAAGAACAAUCAAGGCUCUAAAUCGCCAAUUAGCCCCUUACACAAAAAACCUAAAUCUGACGUCAUCGUUGUGACGUCACCCGGUUCGCCAACUUCAAACAUAAACUCGCUCUAUGUCGAUUCUCCUAAUAUUUCAACAGUCAGGCAACCCAAUGUUCCUGAAUGCUUUCCACUACACUACACUGGUCCCCUUAAUGUACUUGUUUCUGCAUCUGGUGAUAAUAACUUAGGUAAUUUUCACCCAGUUAAGCUCGGUAAAACUUUUUCCAAACUUUUUCCUGGUAUUCUGAGCAUAAACCCUAUCGGUUCUAAGCGUGUGAAAAUCACGUUUGAGUCGGUUAAUAACGCCAACAAUUGUCUCACUUCCCCUUCUCUUUCUGAACACGGCUACUCUGCGAAUAUUCCUAGUACUUUACUAUAUAGUAUUGGAAUAAUACGUCUUGAUAAAAGUAUCUCUGAAGAAGACUUUUGGGAAGGUUAUGAAUGUUCAGUCAAAGUUAUUUCAUUCAGACUCAUUAAUAUAAAAAAAGAUAACAUCCUCGUUUCUUCAAAUUUAGUUGAACUUAAAUUUUUGUCAGCAACUCUUCCUCAAAAAUUAUCAAUAUACAAAGUUAUUUUUGAUGUCUCUCCGAGUAUUCGUUCUCCUGUCCAAUGUCGCAAGUGUUUACGUUUUGGUCACACCCUUAAAUUCUGUCGCAGUAAGGAGCGCUGCAGUCACUGCGGUCUCUUUGACCACACCGAAUCUAAUUGUAACGUCAAGUUAACCACACCUCCUUCGUGCAUUUUUUGUAAACUGAACCACCUUGCGACGGAUAGAUCUUGCAGCGAAUGGUCUGUGCAAAAGGACAUUAAAAAGAUAAUGGCCACAAACAAUGUCUCAUUUUCUGAAGCCUCCUCGAUCAAACGUUCCAGUUUAGUUAAUAAAGCUUUUAACUUUUCUGAUGUUGCUAAAAAUACAAAUAUAUCUAGUGUCGAAGUCGUAGCUUCUCCUUCCUUUCCUUCCCUUAGUCAUUCUACUAAUACAUAUACAAAUAAACAAAAGAAGAAAAAAAGUAAUAAAACUCAAGUCCCCUCCCCCCACUUUCCUCCUUUACCAAAUGACUGUUCUAGGCCAAUUUCGCCUAAUGGCAGUUUUUUAAAAUACAUGUCCCAAAAUCGUAGUACUAAUGUUGAUGACCGCAACUGGAUUUCCUGCUUAUCGCAACAUAUCGUUCAGCUACUCGCGAGCGAUCCUAAUUUAAUUUCUUCUCCUUCAAUACUUCAAUCAACUAUAGAAUCUUCAUUAACUAACAUCCACUAUCCUUUAUCUGACAAUGAUGACACAUUUUAAUAGUAAUCCUAACUUUCCUUCUUUCAAUAUUCUUCAAUGGAACGUAAGAAGUUUAUCCCCUAGAAUGCACGAUCUCUCUUUUCUUCUCUCUAAUAAUAAAUGUUCUUUUGCUCUCCUUUCUGAAACUUGGCUCCUUUCAAAUAAACGUGUUUAUCUUCCACAGUUCAACAUUAAUCGCUCUGAUCGUAUCGACGGUUUUGGCGGCGUAGCCAUCGCCUCUCAUCAUUCUAUCCACAUUAACCCUAUUUCUAUUGAUCCUGUAUUAAAAAUCUCGCUUCUUAAUUAUUCUAUAGAUCUUGUCGGUAUCCA